AUGGCUAGCCCGGUCUCCAGUAUUCCUGUGCCCAGUGCUCCUGUGCCUACACAGCCAGACGAUGAUGAUAACAACAACAACAAUAACAACGGCGGCAACGACGAUGACGACGAUGAUCAGACCCCAGCACCCCCUGCUCCAACACCAGGACCAACAAAUCCUCCACCACCGGCUCAACCGGCGCCUACCACACUGGCAACCACAGCCUCUCCACCACCACCAGGGACCAACUCAGCAGGCACUCUUCCAUCAAGCCCUGUGACUAGUCUUGCAGACAGUCGGCCUUCUGGUGAUGCUCAGAAUCCAGUAGCACCAGGUAACGAUACAUUAGUAGCAGGGAAUGAACCAACAAACGGUGACGAUGGUCUGAGUUCUGGUGCAACGGCGGGAAUCGCAGUGGGCGUUGUCCUCGCUGUCUUACUGAUGCUCUUGGCCGCCUGGUUCUUCAUACGUCGGAAGCGGAGUCGAGCUCGCCAGGUAAAGGCUGCGUUAGCUUCCACGGCCCGAGCGCACACACCUGAUGAAGAAAGCGCAAAGAAAGCUGAGAUUUAUGCUUAUCGAACUCAGGAUCCUGCAGAGCUAGGAGGUGAUCCAGCUAUGGGCCAUGAUCCCAGACGACCUUCGGAGUUGGCGAGCCCUGUCGUCCCAGUUGAAGUUACCGGAGAUCGACAGUUUGCGGCGGAGCUACAGGGCUCAGAGGUGCCCAAGCGAACUGAAGAGAGGUGA